AUGGAUCUGCACGCGCCACCGUUAGUCGUUCACGGGUACGAGACCCAUGCGCCAUUGUUGGAAGUCGAGGGUCUGGACCCUCAUAGUCCACAGCAAAAGGUCCUUAUACAUGCUCCGAUACAAAGCCAGGAGUUGAUCAGCACCGACCACAGGAACGGAGAGUAUGAAUUCACAGACGAGCAGUACCACGCCCACAGCAGCAACCAGAGCGGGGAUGGUCACGGAGGUGUCAACCAAUUAGGAGGCGUGUUUGUAAAUGGGCGACCUUUGCCGGAUGUCGUACGGCAGCGUAUAGUCGAGCUGGCUCAUAGCGGCGUGCGACCGUGCGACAUCAGCCGACAGUUGCGCGUGUCGCACGGAUGCGUCUCGAAGAUUCUGUCGCGGUAUUACGAAACGGGUAGCUUCAAAGCCGGUGUUAUCGGUGGUUCGAAGCCGAAGGUGGCGACACCGCCCGUAGUGGACGCCAUCGCCGCAUACAAGAGAGAGAACCCGACGAUGUUCGCGUGGGAAAUACGUGACCGGCUGCUCAGCGAGGGUAUCUGUAGCCAGGACAACGUUCCAUCAGUCUCCAGUAUCAAUAGGAUCGUCCGAAACAAAGCGGCGGAGAAAGCGAAGCACGCCCACAAUCAACAACAACAACAACAGCAACAGGAGCAGGAGAUCAGUUCUGCGCAAGGCAGUGUUGUUUCUGUGAUAACCCACGCCGGUAAUGCCCCUGGUACCACAGCGGUGUUGUCUCCCACCACCGAGCACGUCAACAACACCGGCAGCUACAGCAUCAACGGCAUCCUCGGCAUUGAGCAGGUGGAUGGACUUCAUAAUGGCAAUGGCCUGAAGAGGAAGAGGCACGAGGACCAAGAUGAGAACAGAGACUUCAACAGCCAUUCAGAAGAUGACGUCAAAAGACAAAGGAGUCACUACAACGGUGACCAGAUCUAUUCUAAUCUCUGGUCAUCAUCAAAAUGGAGUCUAAAGGACGAAUACAAGCUGUUAUCAGAGCUGGGUGGAGGCACUGGGUACUAUGGAGAACUGUUUGAUGCGCCUUACGAACAUCCUGCCCAUCACUACACACCUCAUUCUGCGACGAACGACUCCACAGGCUCGACGGCAGCCGGCGAACCACCCUCAGCCGCCGGCAGUCCGGACGCCGCCGCGUUAGUGGUACUGCAACCACCAGCACCGCCCUACCCGCCCUACGCGCAUUACGAUGGUGAGUGGUACAUAAUAGAAAACUAA